AUGCAUUAUGCACCGAUCAUUCUAGCAGCAACUCAUGCAGCGACAACAGCAGAGACAACGACCACAUUAGCAACAGCAGACACAACAGUAACGCUGGGAACAGGAGUGGCUGCGACAAAAGUAGGACCAACGACCACAACAGCAAAAGCAACCACAGCUGCAGCAAUGACUUCUGCACAGACCACUGCAGCGGUAAUGACUGCGGAACCGACCGCUGCAGCGGUGAUGGCUACAGAACCGACCGCUGCAGCGGAAAUAACUACCAAACCGACCGCUGCAGUCGCAGUAUCUACCGAACAAAUAACAACUGCAGCUGCAAUGACGACUAAACCGACCGCUGCAGCGGCAAUGACUACCGACCCGACCGCUGCAGCGGCAAUGACUACAGACACGACCGCUGCAUCGGUAAUGGCUACCGACCCGACCGCUGCAGCGGCAACGACUACCGAACCGACCGCUGCAGCGACAAUGACUACUGAACCGACCGCUGCAGCGACAAUGACUACCGAACCGACCGCUGCAUCGAAAAUGACUACCGAACCGACCGCUGCAGCGACAAUGACUACUGAACCGACCGCUGCAUCGACAAUGACUACCGAACCGACCACUACAGCGGCAAUGAUGACCGCUGCUCCGGCAAUAACUACCGACCCGACCGCUGCACCGGCAAUAACUACCGAAUCAACCGCUGCAGCGGCAAUGACUACUGAACCGACCGCUGCAGUCGCAAUAUCUACCGAACCGACCGCUGCAUUGGUAAUGACUACCGACCCGACCACUGCAUCGAUAAUAACUACCGAUCCGACCACUACAGCGGCAAUAACUAUCGACCAGACCGCUGCAGCGGCGAUGACUACCGACCCGACCGCUACAGCGGCAAUAGCUACCGACCCGACAGCUACAGCGGCAAAGACUACCGAUCCGACCGCUACAGCGGCAAUAGCUGCCGACCCGACCGCUGCAGCGAUAAUGGCUACAGAACCGACCGCUACAGGGGUUAUGACGACCAAAGCAACAAAUAUGACUGCAGUACAGACUGAACUGCCCACAGCACUUACUACGCUGGCCACAACACCAAUUGAGCUUCGCACAACAUCUGAGCCACCCAUAACACCGAAUGAGCCAACCACAACAACAACACCAACAAGAGAGACGACCACAACAAUAGGGCCGUAUUUAACUCAGCUAUCAACGGCUAUGAGAACAGUAACCAGCUUGACAGGAUGUGGAGGUAACCUGAUUGGUUCCUCUGGAGGCCCUGUGACGUCACCAAACUACCCCUUUAACUAUGGCAACUAUGAAAACUGCACGUGGUUGGUCACUGUACCAGAGGGAAGCAUCAUUCGUCUCACGUUCGACAGUUUCGACAUUGAGUACAGUUACGACUUUCUAACCAUCUACGAUGGAACCAGUGACGGUGCUCCGAUAUUACAGCGGUUAACAGGUUACCAGAGAUCAAUCAGCCCCAUCAUCAGCACAUCUAACACGAUGUUCCUGAGGUUUACAUCUGAUUACAGUAUCACCCUCCAGGGGUUCCAGUUCUCCUACAUAAGCCGUACAGCUGACGAAUGCUGGGAUCCCGGUGUGCCGACCAAUGGAAAGAGGAAUAACAACAGUAACUUUACAUCAGGACAGACAGUCAGGUACAGCUGUCGGGACAGAUAUCAUCUGUUUGGGACUGCAGAUAUUGCCUGUCAGUCGAACGGGAAAUGGAGUGAUGCUACGCCAACUUGUGAAGUAAAUACCAGUGUGACUGGAAGGGGAAGUAACGUGACGGGUUCCUCUGGAGGCCCCGUGACGUCACCGAACUUUCCCAAUAACUAUGGAAACAAUAAGAAGUAUCAGUGGUCCAUCACUGCACCAGAGGGAAGCAUCAUUCGUCUUACGUUUGACAGUUUCGACACUGAGGAGGGGUAUGACGUUUUGACCAUCUACGAUGGAACCAGUGAUAAUGCUGCAGAGUUACAGAGGUUAACAGGUGACCCGUGGCCAAUCAGCCCCAUCAUCAGCACAUCUAACACGAUGUUCCUGAGGUUUACAUCUGACUACAGUGUCACCCGUCAGGGGUUCAACUUCUCCUACAUAAGCAGUACAGCAGGCCAAUGCUGGGAUCCCGGUGUGCCAGCCAAUGGGAUCAGAGAUAACAAAAGUAACUUUACAUCAGGACAGACAGUCAGGUACACCUGUAUGGCCGGGUAUCAUCUGUGGGGAACUGCCAAUAUAACCUGCCAGUCUAACGGAACUUGGAGUCAUGGUCCACCAACUUGUGAAGCUGCCUUUGAUACUGUCUGGAGGAAGGCUCUGUGGAAAAUGAUGAGAGCCAUUGGGCUACAUGACAACCUCUCUACUGAGGAGAGAUAUGCUGAUGACACCACUCUUAUAGAAAACUUCAAAUCUCUACAACAGAACUAG